AUGGUCGCAGCACGCUCAAGAGCACUAUCAAUAUCCUUUCUAGAUACUCUACCCACAAUCCUACCACCCAUCUUUGAUCAAGCUCAACAUACGACCGCCAACCAUCGCAAAAACUUGGUCGCCCUCCGCAAGAUACAAGAUGCUUGUGCCACCAUCACCGAAGCCUCUCCCAAAGGUAUCAAACUCGUGGGUGAAAAGGCUUUCAAUGGCUCAUUCAUCGACAUGGUAAACCGAGUGUUGCCUGUCAAAAAAGGCGUGGCCGUGGCAGAUAGGGUGGUCAAGUUUGUCGCUCAAUACGUCGCUUACGCCACCGAACAAGGUGUGUUUUCUUUUAUUCAUCCAGAGGUACGGCUGAUGGCAGACAUGACGAGUAGACAGGAAGGGGAAGAAGAUGCGGAAACUGCCUCGACACGUUUUGUAGGCAAACUUCUCAGAUAUUUGUUAUCUGGAAUGGAGGCAAAAGAUAAAAACGUCAGGUUCAGAGUGACACUUCUAACUGUUUCGAUGAUCAAUGGUCUUGGAGAGAUCGAUGACGACGUAUAUGUCUUACUCAGAAAGAGUCUACUCGACAGAUCUAGAGACAAAGAAGCGGCCGUCAGAGUCCAAGCUGCGCUCGGAUUGGCCAAGCUUCAGAGCGGAGAAGACGAAGCAGAUCUUGAAGAUGGGGAUGAACCUCUAGGAGAAGUUCUACUCGACCUCUUACGUUAUGAUCCCGCUGCGGAGGUCAGGCGAGCGGCUCUGUAUAACUUGCCUCGAACGCCAGCUUUGCUCCCCUACAUUCUGGCUCGAGCACGGGACGUCGAUCCGCUUCUACGGAAAAUUGUUUACCAUGGAUCCCUCUCACAUGCCGCUCUACCAGAUGCUAGGGUGCUCUCCAUCGCUCAGAGAGAAGAGGUAGUGCGGAAUGGUCUGGGAGAUCGAGAACCGAGUGUACGCAAAGCUGCGGCAGCGAUGCUGGGUGGAUGGGUGGAUCAAGUGGAGGGAGAUAUCCUGGAGUUUCUCUCCCGAUUCGACGUCAUUUCCAGCCAAGUGGCAGAAGAAGCACUGAUCUCUGUUUUCGUUACUCGUCCUGAAGUCUUUGCUGCCAUAGAGUUCACGGACGAAUACUGGACAUCUCUAACACCAGAGAAGGCAUUUCUCGCUCGCGUCUUUGUGGAACAUUGCAUCACUGAGAAGGACGAGGCUCGCCUCGAAGAAGCUCUGCCCGUAGUUACCGCACUGGCCUUCCGUAUACAGGACGAAUACAAUAAGCUCGUCGGGGCUGUGAACGGAGAUGGACCCAACCCUACCGAACAAGCUUUCAUCGUAGAGGAGCUUCUCGAGUUGGCCGUUAGUCUUGAUUAUGCCGACGAGAUCGGGAGACGGAAGAUGUUUCAACUUGCCAGAGAGAUGUUAUCGCAGUACAACCUUCCGGAAGUACUGAUACCACGGUGCAUUGAUGUGCUCAGCAAAAUUGCCAACGGGGAGCGAGAUCUUAUUCGCGUUGUGGUAGACGUGGUCACGGGGUUACGUGAGGGUGAUGGUGAUGAGGAGCCAGCGGAUAUGGUAUCUGACAAAAAGCCCACCCCUAGUCAAUCGUCGAUGCUUGAAACGCCUUCGAAGAAAACUGCACAGCCACGAUUCAACCUAGAUGACCCGGAAGAACGGAUGCAGGCAGCACUCAUCGACCUGAGAUGUCUGCUCAUCUGUAUUAGCCUACUUGAGCGGGUCAACACAAACUUGCAGGACAACUCGGUCUUUCAUGGUCUCUUACCGGACUUAAUCGUACCCGCUGUGAGGAACAAAGAUGAACCUGCUCUUCGGGAUCAAGGUCUUGUGUGUAUAGGCUUGUGCUGCAUGAUAGAUUCGAAAAUGGCAGCUAAUUCAUUCGGGCUGUUUGUGCAACAAUUGACUGCAGCGGACGAUCAAUUGAAAGUCAAAGUUGUGCAGAUCAUCUUUGAUUUGUUGAUGGUACAAGAUAUACAAGAAUUGGUGUCAAAGACCAUGCCCGUGAGUAGUUGCUAUAUUACAGAUCAAGUGACAGAAUUGGUCCGACAUAUGUUGGCACAGGAAGCUCCGGAAGUCCAAGCUGCAGCAUGUGAGGGAACCGCCAAGCUCAUGUUAGCCGGAAUGAUCUCGGAUGAGACGAUAUUACAGUCCUUGGUAUUACUUUACUUCUCCCCCGAGACGGCGGACAAUCAAGCUCUGCGUCAAUGUCUAACGUAUUUUCUGCCCGUGUACUGUUACUCUUCCCCGGAGAACCAACGUCGUAUGCUUUCUAUCUUCGGUGAAACUUUCGAAAUGCUCUCCCAACUUCACAAAGAGAUGGAAGAUGAAGGCGAGACUGAUAUGUUACCUCCACAACAAGUAGGAAUGAUGAUGGUCGAUUGGCUAGAUCCUCAGAAAGCUGUAGAGAGAGAUGGUGUCAAACCUGAUCAAGCUGUUCAUGCGGAUUUAGCGUUGGUCGUUCUUCGAAGUAUAUUGGUGGAAAACCGAAAAACAUUAGUAUCCCUUUUGAACAAAUUAUAUCUUCCAGAACCGGAAGAAAUCGAUUUGAUGAAAAUCAAAUCCCUCAUGACACUUGUGAUUGCCGUAAGAGAGAAACGCCCGUUUUCAGAAUUAGCUUCUAAAAACGCAUUGAAUCGUUUCGAAAUUACUUUGAACAAGAAAUACCCCACAGAGUUGGAGAAUUUCGUUUCAGAACAUUUCCGUGCUGAAAGGGAAACUGUAGAAGAAAUAGCAGAGUUAUUUGGGUUCAUUGAUGAUAUGUUAGUAUCCGUUUUAUUCAUCCUUCUUCUUUCACAUAUUCUUUAA